AAAGCAAUAUUUUGGCAGUGCUGCCACAUCCAAGGAAAAUAAGUGUUGUUUUCCUGCCGACUAAUAAACAAAGCAGCAAAUAGUUCGAAAACUACGCAUUCUAGAGCAGAGCAAAUGGAGCAACCAGCAACAGGAGGCGCCGCUGUCCAACCGGGCGUGUCCCCAGCGCACAUCCACGACACGGAUCAGCUCCUGGACCCCGUCCUCUUCUCCAACGACAAUGGAAGCUACAAGCUGAAUACAGUGCCCGCAUUUAGCCUUCAUCUGGUUAUCUCCACUGCAAUCUCUAUUGUGGGGAUCGUACUUGCAGCCUCGUUUCCAACGGAUCGGCGCUGCGAUGCCUACUUUAUAAUGCUCUACCUACGGGCCACCUUCUGGGUCAUCACAUAUCUCUUCGAUCACUUCGUAAAGAAGCAACACGACAAUCUACGCAUGCAGGGCUAUCACGACUUUCACCGCGAGACUAACAUGCAGAAGGGGAUUCCCCUUCAGUUGGUAUCCCUGUGGAACUCCAUGCUGCUUGCUGUCCAGGCCCUGAUCCACCACUACUAUGCGGAGAACUUCUGGGAACAUUGCGCCGCCGGCUGGCUGUCGCCGGUCAGCUAUGUGACCGCCUUCACCGUGGCCGAGAAUCUGGUGCUGGCCGUUUCCCACAGCUUAUAUAUUGACAAGGUGCGUAAGUUCAACAGCGCCAAGCUGGCCCCGGAUGUUUUGCGCGGUGCGGACCGCGCCGGAGGUUCCCUGGGCCUCAUGCAACCAGGAGGCGACACAGAAGAGCUUCUGGAGAAGCAGGCCGACCUUAUCGCUUAUCUGCGUGACCACACACACAAGCUCAACCAGAAACUGCAUCAAAUGCAGACCAACGUGCGACCAGUGAGAGCGCCACAAAUUCCUUAAAGACAAAUCAAAUCACUACAUAAUUUUACGUAUCAUAAUUUUACUGGAUGUUCUCUUUUUAUUCGUUUAUACUUGUUCAUGGCGAAGAAAUAUUCUUCAAGUAGAUCAAUUGCAAAAAUGCAAAAAAUGUAAUAUUCAAUUGCAAAUACAGAGAACGAAUUAUAAGUCCGCAAUCAAGGACUAGACCAUUAAAUUGUAUUAUGCAAACACGUCUGUGUGUAGAAAUUAUUAAAUUAAAGCAGAUUUAUACCAAUG